ACUCUUUCUCAGAUCUGAUCAGAAACACCACUGUCUGUGUCUCUGUAUGACUCUGCUUUCCUGUUAUCGAGUGAAAAAGCGACACAUGUGCUCCGAUGUCUCCACAGUAUAGGCACGCUGCAAGACCAGCAGUAUUCCCCUUGGUCCCCGUCUUGACACUUCGAUGAAGACAGACGCCUCCCUGUCCCCCCAGCCAGGAACAUGAAGGGCUUAUCGGGUGGCCGCUCCCAGCACCAGAUCCCCUCGCCCCAUGGGCUAGACCAGUUUGACCACCCUCAAGACUUCCAUGGCAUGGGCCACCAUGGCGGAGCCUCUGAGUCGCGCCACUCCUCCUACCUGCUCAGCCCCACUGAGAGCUGCCCAAUGGACUACCACCACCGCUACUCACCACGCAGCUCCAUCCACUCUGACUGCAUGAUGAUGUCCCCCGUCAUCAUGGCACCCUCGUCGGGUGUUGGUGGCGGCGCAGGCAUUGACCACAUCUCCAGCAGCACCUUCCCCAGAAUGCACUACAGCUCCCAGUACUAUGACUCGGCCACGCGGGAUGACUGCGCCGCCAUCGCCGCCAUCACCGCCUCCGCCACCUCCCAUGUUGCUGCUGCCCCCACCACUUCAGCCUUGCAGUACCAGGGCAGCGGCAAGAGCAACCGCAUCCCGGCAAACCUGCUUGACCAGUUUGAGAAGCAGCUGCCACUGCACCGUGACGGCUUCCACACACUGCAGUACCAGAGGACGUCCACCACCACCACCACGGAGCAACGCAGCGAGAGCCCCGGACGCAUCCGCCACCUUGUCCACUCCGUCCAGAAGCUCUUCACCAAGUCCCAUUCCCUGGAGGGCUCAUCCAAGAUGAACGGAACCAAAGGUGACGGUGGAGGAGGGGGACACCACGGCGGCUCCCAACACAGCCACCACGGAGGCUCCAAGCAUGGCAGCAAGCGAAGUAAGAGCAAAGAGCGCAAGACGCACCGCUCGGGGGGAGCGGGCGGCUUCUGGAGUUCCGACGACAACCUGGACAGCGACAGCACCUACCGCACGCCCAGUGUCAUGAGCCGUCACCAUGGCGACCAUGCCCAUGCCGCACACUGCUACCCGGACUCCAUGCACCACAGUCACUUUGGGGACCUGUCCCUCAAGACCUCCAAGAGCAACAACGAUGUCAAGUGCUCAGCAUGUGAGAGCAUGGCCAUGACUCCGGAGGGGAAGUUUAUGAAGAGGAGCUCCUGGUCCACGCUGACCGUCAGCCAGGCCAAGGAGGCCUACAGGAAGUCCUCCCUCAACCUCGAGAAACCCAUGAUGCACACAGACCUCAAGCCCUCGCUACGGGCCUGUCACUACCUACAGCUCAGUUGGUAG